CAAGUGAGGGGAGGAGGCAGGGUCACCGCGGCCCCAUCCCCAACAGCCUAAGGACACAAACUGCACCCAGGAAGGAGUCUGACCUGUGGGCCUGGAUUCUGGGGCCCCAGAGAAGUUAAGAGCUAGGAGGCUGGACCCCAGGGGUUAGAACCAAAUGCAGGAAUUAUAGAAGGGACUGGACUUCUGGGUCCCCAAGGGAGGAAGGGUAGAGAGAGCUAGAGGCUCAGAUUCUGGGUUCUGGAGAGGACACGGGCUGGGCACUUGGACAUUGAACUUUUAAAGCUGAAGGAAGGAAGUUGGGGGCCCCUUGAAGCUAAGUAAGGUGCUCCCUGCUAGGUUCUGAGAGGGGAAGUGGUGGUGCAGGGUUAGGUCCUGAACACAGUGGCGGGUUGGACGGUCGGACGGUCGGGCGGUUGGGCGGUCAGACUGCUCCGCAGCUUGGACUUUGGUUCUGUCACGACACCGCCCAAGCCCUACCCCACAUCCCCUCUCCUUUUCCAACCUCUCCCACAGCCGCGGGCCCAGGACCGGGAAAGCGAGAAGAAAGUUCGGACAGAGCCCAGCAUGUGGGGUUACCUGUCUGUGCUGCCCGCUUUCCUGGCCUUUUCCGCUAUCACUGGAGUCUGGAGCGUUUUUGCCCUUGCUGUGACCAACAGAUCUGUGAACCUCACGGAAGGUUUCCCCUACAUCAGCCUCUGUGGGUCUUACCCCCCUCAGAGCUGCAUCUUCAGCCAGCUGCUCAACAUGGGAGCUGCUAUGGCCGCCUGGAUCUGCAUUAUCCGUUACCACCAGCUCCGGGACUGGGGGGUCAGAAAAUGGUUUAACCGGCUGAUCCUGUGGACGGGGCUCCUGUGUGCCCUGGGCACCUCCGUGGUGGGCAACUUCCAGCAAAAGAACCAGCUGCACAUGCACCUGGUCGGGGCCUUCUUUGCCUUAUUCCUGGGCAACUCCUACUUUUGGCUGCAGCUUAUUCUUGUCUGGUACAUGAGGAGACUGCCCCAGCCCGGGACCCCCUGGAUCGGGCCACUCCGUCUGGGCCUCUGCAGCCUCUGCACCAUCCUCUUGGUGACCAUGAUGAUCCUCCACUUCUGGCCGCUGCGCUCGGCCUCUGCCGCCUGCGAGUGGGCCAUCGCCAUGCUGCUGUUUGCACUCUUCGGCCUGUUUGCUGUGGACUUUUCCUGCCUGGAUGGCUGCACCCUACACCUCCAGCUGGGCCACCUCAGCUCCCCACCAGCCUCCCCCACCUCCCUGCAGAUUCACCUGUGAACAGUAGCCCAGAGACACGGACGCAGGCAGGGUCACGCGAAACCAGAAUUCCUUCCGGAGAGCAAAUCCGUACAGAAGGUUGUGAGGGAACGGGGAGAACC